AUGACUUCCGGAAGCAUGUCAGCAGAUGCCGAACGUAUUAAGCUGAGGAAGGACCGUCAUCCAUUACAGCAUGCAGAAACUUUAUCCAAUUGCUCCACUUCUCUCCAACCAAAGUGCGACGUUAUUGUUGUCGCUUUCGAGUCAUCUCGAGAGCUGUACAUUCGUGCUGUUGCGGAUGAUCCUGUGUUUGAUUCAAUGAAAAGUGAAAUGCGUAAAAUUUUAUGCGGAGAACUCGAGCGAAAGAAGAGUACAGAUCUAUCGUACGCACUUUGUGAUGCAGCUGGCGACUGGUUUCGUGUGAUUGCUGUGGAACUACCCCGUUCUGGUACAAUCAAGUGCUUUUUCUGUGAUGUGGGCGUAUAUGGCGUCUAUCCAGUGGUGGACCUCCGCCUUCUUCCAGAUCCUGGUCACUCUGUCAUGUGUCAUGGUGCUCUCGCUAAGCGAGUUAAUCUGGCUCUGCCUGAUUACGCAAUAAAUCAGACAUCUGAUGAUAUUCUACGAUCCGUUCUUUUCGAGAAAGAUGCUCUGGGAAACUUUAUCCCAGUUCGUGUGCAGCUGACUUCAUUAACGGAAACAGAGUUAGACGGCGAAAUCGUAUCAAUUGCUGACUUGUGGAUGCCUGAUGGAAGGGCAGUUGUCGAAAUAGUGAUGGCUAAUAUUCCAGACGGAAAGGAUGGUAACAACACCGUAAAUAACGAUGCUACUGCCUCUGCACGAAAUACAGCCGCCGCUGUAAGCUUACCACCGACUGUUUGCGUCUUCGACGGUGAUGUGGACAUUGUACCAAUGGAAAUCAGCCAGAUACCCACGGGUACCUUCUCCGCGAAUGCACUCUUUGCUGCUGGUCCCGCAGACAUCAGUCUUCGUCAAGUUUCCCUCGAUCCCAUGCCAGAUUAUAUGUAUGGGAAAUUGUCCGAAGAAUCGCAAAUGGCUGACGCAGAGUUACAAGACCUGCCACGUCCGGGUGCAUUUUAUGCUGCACGUAUCGACGAUCGCUGGGAACGAGUGCAGUGCGUUCGUGCCAGUAAAAUAGAUAAAUCAGCUUUUUGUGUGUAUUUAAUAGAUGUCGGAGCCUUCCAUUACGUGAGAGCGGAUGCGCUAAGGAGGCUCAACGCGAAAACUCCAUUCCGAAAGAUGCUUAUGUUCAAAUGCAAAGUAGGUUUCACAUCACCUACUUGA